AUGCGUCAUGUUUAUGGCUUCGCUAUCGUCAACAUAGUGGCAGGUCAUUCUGAUGGCCCUGAAGAUGGACUCUUCCCUCCACGAGACUUAUCUUCAGUUGAAUCAGUCAUUAUCGGAUCAAAAUGGGACGAUCAACCAGAGACGAACUAUCUUCUCUGGGACGAGUCAGCUCUACAAGACGACUUCGAAUCCGCGCCUCUCACGCAGCGCGGUUGGGUUUUCCAAGAGCGACUGUUGGCGCCUCGGAUCUUGCAAUUCGGCAAGAGGCAGGUGUAUUGGAGAUGCUCAGAGCUAUUUGCAACCGAAGCCUGGCCCCAGGGUGUUCGCUUUGCAACAGGCGAAGCCCUUAGAUUCGGCACUGACCUGGAUGCAUUGGAUGAGAAGGCUUGCAUGGAUAUCCCACCAAUUUCAAAAUGGUGCCAGGUGCCGGUCAACACUACAUCACAGGAACCAGUUGCAGUAUGGGAACGUCUUGUUACCCAAUAUUCCCAGAGCAAGCUUACCUUUGGCGAGGACAAGCUGAUUGCCCUCUCUGGAGUAGCCAAGCUGUUCCAACAGAAGUUUAAAGAUCGUUAUCUCGCUGGUAUAUGGUGGUCACCGUCUGCGAGGCUUCUUUGUUGGAGUCGAGAUGAUCGCCAGGAAAAGGAAGCAAGGGCUCGACCGGAUUACCGUGCACCAUCGUGGUCGUGGGCGUCAAUCGAUGGGCCCAUCUAUUUCACUGCUCGAAUUCCGGCGAUGCUUCGUACUCUCGUCUGGGAGGAGUACUUGGUCGAAGUGGUAGACGCAAGUGUCGUGCCACUCGGGAAUGAUGAGAUGGCCCAAGUUCAAGGCGGACAAAUGACGGUGAAAGCAAGUCUCUAUUCUUUCAAGGUCAUAUCGCAACAAGGAGAUCAGUUGUCAUUUGAGAUAGAUGGCAAGGUCACAGAGGGUGGAGAGGGCACAUUUGUUCUUGACGCAGCACUCAAAGAUGAACUCGAAGACCAACAACUGUGGGUCAUGCCGACUAUGCUUGUAGUAGAAGGAAUGCCGGGCGGAUCUUGGAGUAGCGCAGAAGGGGUGGUGCUACGAAGGAAAAGCGAAACAGAUGGAGGGACUGGUGCUGGUGACACUUACGAACGUAUAGGCUACCUUUAUGCGCCCGCUGUUGAAGGCGAGAGGGGAGUUGAGCUUUUCAGGCUGCAUGUAGAGAAAGUUGAUGGGAGUUCUGAAACAGGCAGCACGCUGAGACUUCGGCGAGACAGUGAACUGUUGCAGACAGUGACAAUAGUUUAG